GAGAGCAAAAAAAGAGACUGGGAGAAAUCUUAACGCCAGACACCAAGGCAAAACAGACUGCUGCUACAUGUAUAUCCAACUCCUCUCCCCAAUAACAAUAGCUGCUUCCUGAGAACAAUUCCAUUACAAGACCAAUACUGAUAUAUUUAUAAAUAAAAAGUCCAACACUACUUGUUUACAUGAACAUUAUGCAGGAUCUGUUAAAUUGUGAACGAUCUUCAUUAAUAUAAAGGAUAUUUACCACUAUGAUUUGGAAUAUAUAUCAGCUAAACCUCUUCCAAAAAUACUGAUGCUGCAAAAUAAAACACAAAGUGCAUAGUAUUAUUGCACUAUGAAAUAUUGAAGUCAUCAGAUAUAUAUUUCUUGGACUGCAGUGGAUGAAGACAGUGGAAAUAUGGAUUUAAGAAGUGGUAUCUGGUCUCUACUGCUAGUAUUUGUUCUGCAAAAGAAUGCACCUGCACAUGCUGCUUUAAGGAGAUCUGUAGCAGCUGGAAGCCUUGUCUCCCCAUCUCAGGCAUUGCACUCUGAUAUCUUGCACAUCACUGAAAAUAAUGAUUAUAAUAUUGUGGAGGCUUAUGAAGUUGAUAGAGAUGGCAAAUAUGUCACACAUGACUUUAGUCAAACUCACAGAAGGAAAAGAUCGGCAGACAAAAGUGAGACCAAUCCAGUUCAUCUCAAGAUUCACGGAGCAGGGCAGGACUUGCACUUGGAAUUAAAGGUCUCUGAGAACCUUCUGGCACCUGGAUUUUUAAUUCAAACUUUUGGAGGUGGAAGGACUAAAUCUAUUGACACCUUUCCAUCACAGGAUUUUUGUUUUUACCAAGGAUCAUUGUUAUCACAUGCAAAUUCAACAGUUGCACUUUCAACGUGUAAUGGCUUGUCAGGCUUAAUAAGGACUCCAGAAGCUGAUUAUUUCUUGAAACCAUUACCUAUGAAUAUAGCACUCAAGCACAAUGAUUCUACUUCAGACGGUCACCAAACUCACGUGCUUUAUAAACGGUCUAUCGAAGACAACAUACGCACGGAUAAUGAGAUAACUAUAGUUGAGAGGCAACAAGAAUUGGAAAACAGCAACUGGCUUCAUCAGGAAAACCCAUCUCAUAGGAAACAACAACAGCCGACGGAUUAUAGGCAGGGACAGUCUGAAAAACAGCACUAUUGUGGAAGAAGAAAGAAAUACAUGCCUAAACCUCCAAAAGAAGACAUUUAUAUCUUACCGGAUGAAUACAGAUUCAAAGCACGAAGCCGGCGAUCUCUCACUAAACUUUCAAAGAAUGAACCUUUAAAUGUGGAAACUCUAGUGGUUGUUGACAAAAAGAUGAUGCAAAAUCAUGGUCAUGAAAACAUAACAACCUACGUGUUAACAAUACUCAAUAUGGUGUCUGCAUUGUUCAAGGAUGGAACAAUAGGAGGAAAUAUUAAUAUAGCAAUUGUUGGCCUUAUUCUUCUGGAAGAUGAACAGCCUGGGCUGGUGAUCGAUCAUCAUGCUGACCACACGUUGAGCAGUUUCUGUCAGUGGCAAUCUGGUCUGAUGGGCAAAGAUGGCAGCCGCCAUGAUCAUGCUAUACUACUCACUGGUUUGGACAUAUGUUCCUGGAAGAAUGAGCCCUGUGAUACUUUAGGGUUUGCUCCAAUAAGUGGCAUGUGCAGUAAAUACAGAAGCUGCACUGUUAAUGAGGAUACAGGUCUGGGACUGGCAUUUACCAUUGCUCAUGAAUCUGGUCACAACUUUGGCAUGGUCCACGAUGGAGAGGGAAACAUGUGCAAGAAAUCGGAAGGCAACAUAAUGUCACCAACAUUAGCAGGACACAAUGGUGUCUUCUCCUGGUCAGCAUGCAGUCGUCAAUACUUGUACAAAUUUUUAAGCUCUGCCCAAGCUAUAUGCCUUGCUGAUGAUCCAAAACCCGGAAAGGAAUAUAAAUAUCCUGAAAAGUUACCAGGAGAGCUGUAUGACGCCAACACACAGUGUAAAUGGCAGUUUGGAGAGAAGGCUAAACUUUGCAUGCUGGACUUUAAAAAGGAUAUAUGCAAAGCCCUCUGGUGUCAUCGAAUUGGAAGAAAAUGUGAGACCAAAUUUAUGCCAGCAGCUGAAGGGACUGUUUGUGGGCACGAUAUGUGGUGUCGGAGGGGACAAUGUGUGAAACACGGUGAUGAAGGACCCAAAGCCACAGACGGCCAAUGGUCAGACUGGUCUGCUUGGUCAACCUGUUCAAGGACUUGCGGGGGAGGCGUUUCCUACAGAGAACGGCAGUGUAACAAUCCACGGCCCUCCUAUGGAGGCAAGUUCUGUGAAGGAUCAUCACGGGUAUUUAAACUGUGUAAUAGCCAGAGCUGUUCCAAAAAUAGCAUUGACUUCAGAGCUCAGCAGUGCGCAGAAUACAACAGCAAACCUUUCAGAGGCUGGUACUACAGUUGGAAGCCUUAUACACGUGUGGAAGAACAGGACUAUUGCAAACUAUACUGUAUCGCUGAAGGAUUUGACUUUUUCUUUUCCUUGUCAAACAAAGUAAAAGAUGGGACCCCGUGCUCUGAACACAACCGCAAUGUGUGUAUUGAUGGGACUUGUGAGACAGUUGGAUGUGACCAGAUCCUUGGUUCCAAUGCAAUUCCAGAUGCAUGUGGUGUUUGCAAGGGUGAUAACUCUACCUGCAAGAUUUACAGGAACCAAUACACAAAACAGCUGUAUUCCAAUCAAUAUUACUCAGUAGUCUCUAUCCCUGCUGGAGCCCGUAGUAUUCGCAUCUAUGAAAUGAAUAUCUCAUCUUCAUAUAUUGCUGUGCGAAACCAGCAGAAGAAAUACUUCCUUAACGGACACUGGAUUAUAGAUUGGCCUGGCCAAUACAAAUUUGCAGGUUCAGUUUUUGACUACAAAAGACCAUACAAUAACCCAGAAACACUUACCACUACUGGACCCACAAACGAAACAAUUGUCAUUGAGAUACUGCUUCAAGGUAAGAAUCCUGGAAUUGUAUGGGAAUAUUCAAUGCCCAAAUCAGCGAAUGACAAAAGGACAACGCCUAAGCACAACUAUACAUGGGCCAUCAUCCGAUCUGAGUGUUCAGUAUCCUGUGGUGGAGGUCAUAUGAACACAAAAGAAGGAUGCUACAGAGAUAUGAGGUUUCAGGUCAAUACUUCAUUCUGUAAUGCUAAGAAUCGACCAGUCACAGGACUUGUUCCAUGCAAUCUACAAGCUUGCCCUCCAAGUUGGUCUGUGGGAAACUGGACAGAGUGCAGUCGAACCUGUGGGACUGGAGAGCAGUUUCGUCAAGUCCAAUGCGUGCAAAAAACGCAUUACAAAUUGGAAACUGUGGCAAAUAAACUAUGCUCCCUGUCUCCCCCUGCUCACAGGCAGCUAUGUAACGCUCAGAAUUGUCCACCGGCCUGGAGUGUUGGACCUUGGUCAGAGUGUUCUCGAACCUGUGGCAAGGGAUGGAAGAAAAGAACUGUGGUUUGCAAAAGUACAAAUCCUUCUCUCCGUGCUCAGAUUCUGCAUGAUGCUGCUUGUACAACAGAAUUCAAACCCAUAACACAAGAAAACUGUAUUGUUAAGCGAUGCAACAAACCAAAGAAACUGCAAUGGGUUGCAUCCAGCUGGUCAGAGUGUUCUACCUCUUGUGGAUCAGGACUUCAGAAAAGGACAUUGAAAUGUACAGAGAAAUAUGUAUCUGGGAAGUCUAAAGAUCUUGCUCAGAAAAAAUGCUCACAUUUGCAGAAGUCAAACAUUGAGUUGGAAAGAGUUUGUCAGCAGGCAGAAUGCCCGAGAUAUCCUUUCUACUCUACAUUUCAUCAACCCCGCGGAGCCUGGUACACUUCUCCCUGGUCUCAGUGCACUGUGAGCUGCGGUGGAGGUGUGCAAGUGCGUACUGUUCAGUGUAUUAGUAAUGGAAGACCAGCAACAGGGUGUCUCACCCUUCAGAAACCAGCUUCAUCACAAGCCUGCAAUAUCGGUUUCUGUCCCACAGAAAAAAAAGAUCCAUUCUGCAAGGAUUAUUUCAAUUGGUGCUACCUGGUUCCUCAACACGGAGUUUGCAGUCACAAAUUUUAUGGCAAGCAGUGCUGUAAAUCCUGUUCAAAAUCAAAUUUACAAUGAAAAUCCUACAGAAACAAAUUAAAGACAUUCUGACUACUUUCAAUUAAUGAAGAAGUCCAUAUAAAGGUGCUACAAUUUGUGUAGGAAUUUAGUAAACUUUUUUUUUUUUUUUUUUAAAGGGACAUGAAACCCAAAAAAUGUUCUCUCCUGAUUCAGAUAGAGCAUGUAAUUUUAAAGAAAUUUCCGAUUUACUUAUUAUCAAUUUUGCUUCAUUCUCUUUUUGUCCUUUAUUGAUGCAGCAGCAAUGCACUAAUGGGAACUAGCUGAACACCUCUGUAAACCAAUGGCAAGAGGUAUAUAUGUGCAGACACCAAUGAGCAUCCUUUUCAAUAAAAUAUACCAAGAGAACAGGGUAAAUUUGAUAUCAGAAGUUAUUUGGAAAGUUGUUAAAAAUUGCAUGCUGUAUCUGAAUCAUGAAAGAAAAUUUUUGUUUUUUUUGUUGUCCCUUUAAUUGAAGAGACCACUAUUUCGCUAAGACUAUAAUACUGAGAGGAGUCAACGCACACCUUCAUUUGAAAAGGAGACAUGGGAGUGUUGUACCUGGUACCUACACUAUACGUGUUUGCUUUGUGGAGUCACAGAACUAUUUGAAGUCUAUUUUAUCUCAGGCUGGAAUAAGCCUGGGGCUUAUAAAAGUGGAGAUGAAGUUACAUGAAAGUGAUGCAGGUCAAGGGUUUUGGUUCAUCUUACCUCACUCCUGUUAAAAGAGAACUCUGCUAAAGUGGCUCUUUUAUGAAACCAGUAAGGUUCCCCUUCCAACAUCCAUUAAAAUCGAACUUCUGACAGCUUGAUUCAGGCAACGAAAUUCAUAUUUCAGCACUAGUGAUUUUACUGCCUGCUGUUAAACACUUGGAACACACUAUCUUUGCUGUAACACAACAUACUUGAGACAAUUAUCUAACUGAAACUAAAACUGUACUGUUUUAUUCAGAUUGCUAGUUUAGUUAGGAUAAAGAGCAAAAUGAUGUAUAAUGGUGCUAGCACUUCCCAUACUGCACUAGCAAUUUUUUUUAUAUAGAUUUUUUUUUUUAAGGUGCUUCUAUUUCAAAAAAAUGUUCAGCUUUUGCAGUAAUAAUGUAAAUGAAAUAAACAUUUUUUUCUGCAUUGGUUCCUUAUUAAUAGCUGUUUUUUGUUUUUGUUUUUUAAUUAUUUGUCACUGUUAAAGGGACAUUAAAGUCAUUUGUUUUAUUGAAUCUGUCAAUUUGGAACAUUUUGGAAAAGAAAAAAAAGGACAUUAAAUUCCAAAUGGAAUCCUACAAUACUGGGCUUUUUUCAUUUUACCUGCUGUAGUGAAUUGUUUGCUAUCUUUAUUUUGUAAUUUGAAAUAGCAGAUAUAGACUGUUCAAAUUGCCACCUAUACUGAAAAAUAUGAUUACAGCAAUAUUUAUUUAGAAAGGUUAUGUAAACAGGAUACCGGAAGUGUAACAAGCACUCACUGUAGGGUGGGAGAAAUACAUUUUUGUAUCUGAUAUGAUUGGUUUUGCUCAUUAAACCCCCCAAUCACUUACAUUAACUUUUUUAUUCCUAACUACUUGCUUUUGUGUAUAUAGAUAUGACAAUCAGGUCUUCUCUUUCUAAAGGCUCAUACCUCUUAAAUUGGAAUUUCCUUGAGAACAAGGAGUGGUGAAUUCAAUGAGCAAAACUGCUAUGUAAAACACAAAAAUAAAUCCUAAAGGCGCAAUAUCCCAUACAUUUAAUAUUCUGCAUCCAGUAUAACAAGUAAUUGGGAACACAUUAUUUUUUAACUACACAUAAUAAAAUGUAUAUUACUAAUCUCAUACUGUUUAAUAUCCCUUUAAAUUUAUUUCUAAAUAUUUAUUUUGUUUGCAUAUCUCUUCCACUCUAGUGCCUACAUGUUUAUGAAUAUUAUACACUUCUAUAAAUACAUUGACUAUAAUGUCCCUUUAAUAAGAAUUACUUGUUUGUUUGUUUUUUGCUUUUGGAGGCUAAUUUCUGACUUCAAUAUAGAUGUCAUGUUUGCCUUGUUCUAAACAGGCAGUAAGCAAUUGGUAAUAUGUAUCAGUUGUGCACAAACAUGCAUUUCCUGUUGGUUUCAGUAUUAAUUUAAACAGCUUUAAUUUGACCUUUUUGCAAACAUGUUAUAAUGUUUAAUUUCUUUAUUUCAUAUGCAUGAUGCAACUGUUUCAUGUUUAAUGUGCCUGUUACUCCAUUAAAGAAUAUUACAAGUUAGAGAUUUGUCUUAAACACCAAAAGUAAAAUGUUUGUUCUGGGUGAACUAAAUGAUCUGCACUCUGUAAUGAUAAGAGUAAGAUGAAUAUCAGUCUUGGUUAUUCUUUGGUUCUUCAUAUUAGCCCUAGUAACACUGGGCAGGAUUGCAAAUUACUCUAAAUAAUUGCUAAUCUCUCCAGCAGGGUUAAAUCAUGUAAAGUUUUACUACGUAAUAUUUAUAAUUUUAGUUUUGUUGUUUUGUUUUUGUUUUUAAAUAAAGUUUUUUUAAUUAAAAAUGUAA